UACCAGUAGCCGGCAAAUGCAGAUUAUCACUGAAAAAAGUCUACGUAUCCAGCAUCCGAAAUAGAUGAUUCCGGGCAGUUGCUUGUAGAUCCAUUCUGCAAUCGAUUUUUUUAUACAAUUUUUUUGUUAUUUGGGAAAACAGUUACUGAAGUGCAAAUAUAAGGAGCAACAACAAUUACGAAAAUUGUUUGUGUGUGUGUGCGUGUGUUAGAGAGAAGGGACUUAACGAAAAUAACUUAAGCAGUAAUUGGAAGAAGGCAUAGGGUUCAGCGUAGCGUGUGUAAGAGUUUUAAUAACACAAUAAUUAAUAAAAUAAAAAAACGUCGCCAACGCCACCCAAAAGAAAGUGUCGCCGCAGUCGCGUCGCUGCUACCACUCCAAUAUACACAAACACAGACGCUUACACAGCCGUACACGACGUGGACGUCAAGAGGAAAAAGGAGCGCGGCAAAACAAGAUUGUAAAGAGUGUGAGCGAGAGAAAGAGAAACGAAUGAAACGCCGACAGGCGACAAAGUGAAAUUAACAAUAAAAGCAUAAUUUAUUUAAAAUAACAACCAAUCAAACAAUCAGUAGAAAUAAUUAAGAAAGCGCGUCCAGCGGCCAGCAUCCAAAGCAACAAAACAACAAAAUGGCAACAUUAAACAAAUUCACGAAAACCCUCUCCAUUGAUGAAAAGACGGAGAUCAAAGAGAAAUUUACAGAGCUGGAUGCUAAUAAGGAUGGCUUCAUCGAUCUGCACGAGCUGAAGGAUGCCCUCAAUCAGGUGGGAUUCAAGCUGGCUGGCUAUCAGGUGCGCGAGAUGAUCGAUGAGUUCAAGAGCAAACAGAGGACGGCGCAUCAGGGCAAGCUGAAUCUGGAGGAGUUCGAGACGCUGUGCUUGGACCUGAAGAGCAAGGAUGUGGCCAGCACGUUCAAGACGGUGGUGUCCAAGAAGGAGAACCUGGAGACGCUCGGCGGCAUGUCGAGCAGCUCGUCCGAGGGCACAACGCACUCGGUGCGCCUGGAGGAGCAGCUGGCCUUCUCCGACUGGAUCAACUCGAAUCUGGGGCACGACAAGGACCUGCAGCAUCUGCUGCCCAUCGACAGCGAGGGCAAGCGGCUGUAUCUGAGCAUCAAGGAUGGCAUCUUGCUGUGCAAGAUCAUCAACCACUCCUGCCCCGACACCAUCGACGAGCGCGCCAUCAACAAGAAGAACCUGACCGUCUAUCGCGAGUUCGAGAACCUGACGCUGGCCCUCGUCUCCUCGCAGGCCAUCGGCUGCAACAUUGUGAACAUCGAUGCCCACGACCUGGCCAAGGGCAAGCCCCAUCUGGUGCUGGGUCUGCUCUGGCAGAUCAUCCGCAUCGGCCUCUUCAGCCACAUCACCCUGGACAGCUGUCCCGGCCUUGCCGGCCUCCUCUUCGACAACGAGCGUCUCGAGGACCUCAUGAAGAUGUCGCCCGAGGCGAUUCUCCUGCGCUGGGUCAACCACCAUCUGGAGCGUGCCGGCAUCUCGCGCCGCUGCACCAACUUCCAGUCGGACAUUGUCGACUCCGAAAUCUACUCGCAUCUGCUGAAGCAGAUUGCCGGCAACGAUGCCGACGUCAAUUUGGAUGCGCUGCGCGAGGCCGAUCUGCAGCAGCGUGCCGAGAUUAUGCUCCAGCAGGCGGGCAAGCUCAACUGUCGCAGCUUCCUCACGCCCCAGGACGUUGUCAACGGUGUCUACAAGCUGAACUUGGCCUUUGUCGCCAAUCUGUUCAACAACCAUCCCGGCCUGGACAAGCCCGAGCAGAUCGAGGGACUCGAAUCCAUUGAGGAGACGCGCGAGGAGAAGACUUAUCGCAACUGGAUGAACUCGAUGGGCGUAUCGCCGCAUGUGAAUUGGCUGUACUCGGACCUGGCCGAUGGCCUGGUCAUCUUCCAGCUGUUUGACGUUAUUAAGCCGGGCAUCGUCAACUGGAGCCGCGUCCACAAGCGCUUCACGCCGCUGCGCAAGUUCAUGGAGAAGCUGGAGAACUGCAACUAUGCCGUCGAUCUGGGCAAGCAGCUGAAAUUCUCGCUGGUCGGCAUUGCUGGCCAGGACUUGAACGAUGGCAAUGCCACACUGACGUUGGCGCUCAUUUGGCAGCUGAUGCGCGCCUACACGCUGUCCAUUUUGUCGCGCCUUGCCAACACCGGCAAUCCCAUCAUCGAGAAGGAGAUUGUGCAGUGGGUGAACAAUCGCCUGGCGGAGGCCGGCAAGCAGUCGCAGCUGCGCAACUUCAACGAUCAUGCCAUUGCCGACGGUAAGAUUGUGAUCGAUCUGAUCGAUUCAAUCAAGGAGGGCAGCAUCAACUACGAACUGGUGCGCACCAGCGGCACGCAGGAGGAUAAUUUGGCCAAUGCCAAGUAUGCCAUCUCCAUGGCCCGUAAGAUCGGUGCCCGCGUGUACGCCCUGCCCGAGGACAUUACCGAAGUGAAGCCAAAGAUGGUAAUGACCGUCUUUGCCUGCAUGAUGGCCCUCGACUAUGUGCCCAACAUGGACAGUGUCGACCAGAACAAUCACAACAACAGCACACCAGUUGUUGCCACCAACAACAGCAAUUAGCAAGCAGCCAACAGCCAGCAGCAACUCAAUUAUAAAAUAUAUAAAACAAAAUGAAGGAAUUAUGGUUAAGCAUGAGAUUGAGAAUUAGAACGAAGGGGAAGACUAAACAAAGCGUUUUUCGUAUUUGCUAAUUUACUCUA